UUGGUGUUUUUGCAUAUUUUGAAUGAACGACCUCUCGUGAUUUUGGGAUUUUUUUUUCUUUAAGUCAAAGAACAAAGGAAGAAAAAGUAUCAUUUGAGAAUACUCGGAGUGGUGGAACUUGUAGAUACAGACAAAUACCAAACAUUCAACGAUAUCACCGGUAAACGAUCUUCAGACUUCAUUUAUUUUUUUUUGGCAACGAAAGGAAAAUAAAUCAUUACCUGCAGCCGAUAAGCACCAGACAUUUAUGGAAAUUGAUUGGUUUAACAACAAAAUGUGAAAAAAAGCAGCAGCCAACACUAUAAGUAGAAUAUUAAAAAUAUAUCGAGAAAGAGAAACACGAUUCCGUAAAUUGUGCUACAUUCAUAUCAACUGCAGCAGUUACUCGUAAAAACUCGCAUUAGUUCUAUUAUUUUAAUGAAUUAAUUUAAGAGAAAUAAACGGCAAUCGCCAAGUGAAAAAAAAAAAAGAGAACUUGAGUGACACUUUUUCUAGUCGGCUGCAUUUCUCGAGGCUGUUACGUUGAGUGAAAGUGCGAAAGCUUUAUGCGAAGUCGACCUACACACAAACAAACACGGACGUACGCAUCCAAAGUGCUUUCUUUACAUUACCUUGUGUGAGUGUUUUUUUUACUUCUAAUUGAAAGCGUGCGAGAGUGAACCGAGAUCAUCAUAAUCAUAAUCAUCAUCCAGCAGUAAAUUGUGCAUAAAAAGAAACUCUAAAAAAAGAAGAAAAAAAGCAGAGAAAAAAGCAACACAUAAAGUGCAUGACAAGCAACGUCAACAUAAGGAAAACAUCAACGCAAAAUAUUAUUGCAUUUGUAUGUUAAUUAUAUGGAAUUAUCAUAAAUGAAAAAACGCAAGAGAAUAUCAUCUGAAGUGCUGAAGCAAGGAAGCCGCGUUGGUUUAUGUUAUACGUAUUUUGGUUCGGUUUCAUCCAGCCAUAGUUGAUUGAAUUUCAUUGGAAUAUUGCGUGCGAGGCGUAUUAUGUGAUAUGAUCUAGUUGUGAAUGUGAGUUUGUCUCUUUGUAAAAUCGAAAGCACAACACUGGUGUGAACUGAUUGCAUAUACCGCAGAGAAAUAAAGCACACGAGGCAAGCAGUCAAUAGUAACGAAGACGCUAUCGCUUAACUUGUGAUAAAUUGUUGUGGAUACAACAGCACCUAACACCACCACCACCCAUAAACAAUUCAAUCUCAGAAAGCGCAUAUUUAAACGUAUCGUAUAUAUCGUUAUAUGCAUAUCGUUACGGAUAAGUAUGCCAUAUUGUGUUAUGUCAUUACAUCAACUUGAUAGCUAUUAUUACCACUAUUAUCACUAUCAUCAUCAUUGGCAUCGACACACGAAAUGGACAUUCUCAUUGUAUGUCGAUAAAUGUUUAUAAUAUAUAUGCGGCAUACGUGUAUGUUUUGAUAUGGCAUUUUAACUCAUGCUUAAGAGCUCGCGUUACCGAUUCUAAUCGCAAUGCCGUUGUACAACUAACAAACCAUGUUCAUGUAUUAUAAUUGUGAAAAGAACAACACAAACCGAACCGAAACCGAACGAAUAUUGAUAAAUUGAUGAAUUUGCUUUCCAUAUUGUCAUUAUCAUCGUAUUGUGUAUCAUUGAUAUGGGAAUUAUGCUAAUUAAAUAAAUCUAUUGCAUCAAAUGGUUUAAUUGAAUAUGCAAUAACAUACUUUUAUGAACCGCAAAGAAAAUAAAGGAGACGAGAAAAGUGAAAAAUUGACGACAUAACAUAAAACAAAAGAAAACGGUUUUUGGAAAGAGGCGGGUGGAGAUUAGUGUGAUUGAAGGAGCAAAACGAUGGAAAGACAUCGGCGACCGCCCGGCGAUGUUGAAGAGGCAUUAUCAUCAAUGCUAUGGACACCAUAUCAACGUAGCCCAUCUGAUUCAUCAGAUGAAGAGAGCGAAUGCAAUUUGCGCACACAAAAUAACACCAGCAAAUUGCAAACAAAAAUUACAUCCACUGACUUGUAUUCGAUAACCGAUCGACAUUUAUAUUCGAAACCGGUACGAUAUCGUGGCAAUUUUACGUCAAACUACGGAUACUUUGUACCGAAAACAUACAAUAGCUUAAAUUGUGAACUACCUUCGUACGAGCACAUUGAAAAGGAGCGCACAUUUGGCAGCUAUUUCUUCAGCGGUUUUAAUACGGAUCGCAUAAACAAUGCCAAUAAUUCGAAUAACAUUAGUUUUGAUAAUGCUAACAAUAAUAAUAGCAUUUAUAGCAACAGCAUCAACAACAACAAUAACCUCGGACACAACAGCUGCAGUAGUAGUGGCAAUAAUAACAACAACAACAACCUCAACACCAGAAAUAAUAAUGCAAAUUGUCCGUCAAAUGGCAUAUACAUGAUACAUGAGCAUUCAAAGUGUCCAACAUCGAUGGUGCAUUCAUUCACUGAUGACUUUCUUCAAUACCAGUUUCAAAAUAUGGAUGAAAGAUUGUCGACCCAAACUGCAGUAUCAGCUGUUCAAAACUCUGAUGCUCAUUCGUCCGCAUCGAUAAAUCGAUUUUCGAAUGACUUUAGCCUGUUGGAUAUUCGAUUUUUGACCGAUCAUACAGCAUCAAUAGACGAAACAAACCGAAAUCUAAAUUCAAGAUCAGGCGAAACAAUACAAUUAAUGUCGACAUCGCCCAACACCGAAUCAUCUGUGAUACGAAAUACAAAUAAUUGUACAAAUUCCAUAAAUGCAGUUGUUGCUGGUUCUUGUGUUGUUGGUCAACAUCGACGAAAUCGUGACGAAGAUUUACCUGAGCGGGUCAGUAAACUCAAUAGAACGACUACCAACGAUGCAUCAAUACAGGCAACACAGCACGAGAAUGCGAGUGCGUUACGAACACGUGAUACGUUAUACGGUGUGCAUAAGCAUCGGAGAGUGGGGAACGAUCGGGCAUAUUCGACAGCAGCAGCAACAGCAACAGCAACAACAUCGACAAUGUACACGAUCAGAAAUGAGACAACAAUAAACGGUAACAGAGAAACAAGAGAAACGCAAACAACAACAGCAACAGCGGCAGCAGCAGCAACAACAACAUCAGCAAUGACGACAACGAAUGGAUCGUCGCUUGUAAACAUUGGAUCGAGUCAAGCGCUGUUCAGUCGUGAUCGGUUAUUCCAUGCAAGCGUAUCAUCUACGGCGCAUUCUUUUUUCGAUUUGUUUAAAUUUAGUCGAAAUAGUGAAAGUAAUAUACGUAAUUUAAGUUGUUCUAAUCGCGGAAAUAUUUUACAAAAAAAUAGCUGUGUGAUUGCGGCGAUGCGACUCAAUGUGCCUAAUCAAGAUUCAACAGCAGCUGUUGCUGCCAGAGAGCCAUCCAUUAGUGUUUCAUCGACGCGAAUCAAUCGAAUCGAUAACAGUAAAACCAUUGUAAAUAUAUCGAAUGCAUACGAUGAUGGUUGUUCGUUGCCAACGACAAUGACAGCGACCACAACAUCGACAUCGUGUUCAUCUGCAAGUCAUAUUUUUGAAAAUGGAACACUUCUGGGUACCAUUGUAUCACAAGCACAGCCAAGUCUUACAAUUCAAGUGAAUCAAAACUCCGAACAUCAGUCGCAACAAACGCAGCAAAACGAACAAACUCAACAGGUGAACUUUGUUAGUUAUCGUGCGGUACCCGUGCAUGUGGUUAAUAAUAACAGCAGUGAUUCGCAAAAUAAGAAUAGUAUCGAUAUUCGUAAAAGUGAUAAAACCAAUAGCAUCAACGACAACGACCAACAAAAUUCGAUGCAAUCGCAAACGAAAAUCCACACCAAUUUGAGUGAAUCAAGUGAAAAAUGUGAUAAUAUUGAAUUUAUCGAUGAAAAUACAACAAAUUCAAAUGCAAAUACAAAUACAAAUACGAAUGGUAAUGUGAAUGGAUGUGUAGUACUCAGUGAUGGGGUACAAAGUGGAUUUGUGAAUUCAAAUAGUGGUAACAGUAACAUGAUUAGUGUAACGGAUAAUACAAAUAACUCAAGCCCCAACAACCAUACGAGUCAAGUACAUUUAAAUCAACACCGUACAUUCACAUCAACCGAAGCACAAACGGAUAAUUUACAGCAGCAGCCACAGCAGCAGCAACCCAAUCAAAAUCAGGAUGAGGCGCAUCGACAACAAAGUCAAUUGACCGAUUGUCCAUUGAUUGAAUCAACAGUCAAAAAUAGCACAAAGCCAAAUCAUUCGCAUAGUCGACGUAAUGGCAAUGAAAAUGAGGCUCAAUCGAGCCGAGAGCAACGACGUCGAGAACGUCGUGAACGUCGUCAACCAAGAAAUGCUCGUCAACAUGUGCAUCCACCAAAUCAAUCAAUGACAGCAACGGCAGCAGCCGCAAUGCAUUCGCAUCAUUCGAAUUGCGAAAUUUUACCUGAUAUUUUACACAAUCAUGUAAUCAGUCAUCCUCCACCAUAUACAACGCUUCCAAUGCCUAGCCAUUGCCAAAUCAAUGCUGCCUCGGUUCUGACUCAAUCGCCUCCGCCAUCUGUACUUGUACCUGGUCCACCACCAUCCGCUCUUAUACCCGUUGGAAUUAGCGACGAUGGUCGAUACACAUUCCCAUUGCCAAUAAUGAGACGGUCACCAUCAGAACGCCCAGGAAAAGAUUGUUGUGGCCAAUGGUUCGCUGGUCCACCGUUGCGUGCAGUCAUUGCGGUCGUUGCUCUGGGUGGUGUUGCCUGUGCACUUGGUGGAGCCGCAUUAGGAGCAACUGGUUUGGCUGGUCCGCCAACAUCUCAUUUGACAGCUGCUCUUCUAAUGAUUGGAGUUGGCGUUAUUCUAGUUACGGUUAGCGGGGCUGCUUGGCGAAUGACAGCGCCUGGUUCAACGCAAUGUCUAGGCAUCGAUAUGGGCUCUGGUGAAUUGGGACGAUGUGGUCGACGACCGUGCAGUGGUCGUGCUCCUGGUUUCCUAUAUCCCGAAUUUCAGCAUCGACCGCCACCACCAUCCUAUCAAGCUAGUAUGCAAGAAUAUCGACUCAGAUUACUUCUAUUGGAUCGCGAUAGACAAGCUGGCGUUGUUAGAGGAGCAUCACCACCACCUACUUAUCGUUCGCACGCGGGCACACUAUUAAGAGCUCCCUUGAGCGUUCGUGGAAAUAAUGUCAGCAGUGGACCUGGUUCUGAGCACAGUUUACCACCAAGCUAUAAUCGUACACGAACGAAUAACCUUUUACGAAUUCCAGCAAUAAUCGGCGUCGGCAAUAGUAACAAUACGACCAGUGCAAUACAGCCUCGAAACACCAACGACAACAAUACCAGCAACACGUCGAAUUCAAUCAUCAUUGCAAAAUUGUCGAAAUCAAGUACCGACAUUCAAGGCAUUGAUGAACUGUUUUUGAAUGCAAACAAUAGCAGUAGCGUUAGUCAUGAUACUAUCACGAAUGAGUCAAAUGCCAAAUCAGCAGAAAUCGAAAACGCAACUAAUUCUGAGUCAAAUGUUGUGGCCAAAAUUGAGGAUGAUAUAAAGUCGGGAUCGGUGACGGCAUCAGCGGCAACAACCACGAUGUCUACAUCAAGUAUUGGAAAUGAUUUAGUCACAAUCGUCACAAUCACCGGCUGUACAACAACCGAAUCAUCGACCGGAGGCGAGAUGAAUAUUCUAGCUCAUUUGUAGUAUCUAUCGGGGCAGCUCAGCCGAAAAUAACAGAGAAACAAAACUAAAUUAGAAACACGUUGAAUUAUUCAUUUAUAAUUUUUAUAUGAGAUUUUCAAUUUUCUUCUGUUGUUUUCGAUAAGUUUUUGUUUUAUUAUUCUUUGUCACACAGAUUUCACUCUGGUGUGAUUUGUUUUCUAUUUUAUUUUUUGUUCGCAAAAUAUUUUGCCAUUCGCAACUCCAUUGGAAUUGAAAAUGAACAAAAUUCCAUACACAAAACAUCACUCAAUCAGUCAAACUGCACUCUCCAAGCGAAUAUUCGACAAAUACGUUCUCUAUGUUUUUUUAAAUGAAUUUUUAAACGUUUUUAAAUGCAAGCAAAAAUAGUCGCAAUUCCAAAAAAAAAAAACACAUUGCUUGCAUUUCCAUCUUUUUAAUUUUUAUAAUAUGUCAAAAAAAUUCGGCGUAUCCAUAAUUAUUAACAAUCGAUUUGUUUUGGUUCGAUAAAGCCAUUCGGUACAAUAAAAACAACAUAACUCGAAAUAAACGCCGCAAAGCAGCCAAAAUUGAAGAACAAUUGUAAAAAAGACAAAGAGAUAGAUAGAUAAGAAGGAAGAGAGCCAAUGUACAGUAUUUUAUCGGUUUUAUAUUUUUAAUUUAAUGAUAAUGAUUUUUUUGUGCCUGGUUAUAACUACAACUUUUUUUUAAUCAUCCACUAAUUGCCAAUAAACUAAAUAAUUUCAUUGGUUAAUCAAAAAUGAAGCUGAAAUACGCUAUGCACACAAAAUCGAUUACAAAAAUUGCUAGCAAGAACAGAUAAAAUUUACAAAAUAAUACGUUUUAGCAAAAAAAAAAACACAAAAGUUUUGUUUCAACUAAUGUUUUGUCCUUGGAUAAGAAAUAAAAAAAAAA